AUGUAUUACUCAGCACGAUAUUUGGAAAGUGACGACUACAAAAGGAAUAUGAAAGCGAAUCGAAUCAUCUGUUCCUCUUUUGGAACAUUAGAGUUCCCGGACCCUUGUAAGACACUUUUCCAGAGGCUAUUCUCUUACUUCAUACCAGAUAAACGAUGUAUCGAUAACGCCAGUGUGGCCUUUGUCACUGCUGGAGAUGGCGUGUACGCGCUGACCGAAUCGCCAAGGCUUGUUCGGAUCGAUAUUGACAAUCUUGAUUAUCUAGAAGAGGUGGACAUCCGUAAACACGCGAAAGUCAGCCUUCACACCUACACAGCGCAUUUUCAUAAUGACCCCGAUGGAAAUCUCUACAAUAUCGGUACCAUCAUGGGACAGUGUUACGUAUUUACCAAAACAACAAAUCCGCUACAUGUUGAAGGAGAAGUCACCAAGUUCUUAAUCGUGUAUGUUGUGAAUUUCUAG